UACUGCCAAAAAUAAAUCCUUGUAGUCUUAAGUUAAGAUUAAGUUUUUAUUCUAGGUCACAGUGUUCUUUUUAAAUUAAUUAUGUGAUAAGAUACUUGUUUUCUUCAUCAAGAAAAAAUAUGAAUCAAUAUUUUUAUUCAUUGUAAUUUGAAAGAAAAACCUUCAUUACAUGUUUAAAUAUUAUUCCAGGACGUAAAACGAGACAUGACAAUCGAAGGCGAAUUUGGCAGACCUCUUUUAGCAGCUGAUAUCUUUGGAAUGUCAGUCAAGUUCUUGGUAGAUGAUAUGCUGAAUAAUGCUAGCAAGGCAAUAAAUGGCAUCAUUAAACCGUCUGAAAUUCACCUUGUUUUAACAGUUCCCGCAAUAUGGUCCGAUUCUGCUAAACAAUUCAUGCGUGAAGCUGCUGAAAAGGCUGGUAUAUGUAAAGAACAGCUAACAAUCGCACUGGAACCUGAAGCGGCUUCGUUGUAUUGCAGGCAUGUUCAUAUCCAUAAACCUGGUGAGCUUGGCAAUGUAUCCAUGGACAAGCUACCAAUGGGCACCAAAUACAUAGUCGUUGAUGCAGGAGGUGGAACAAUAGACAUAACAGUGCACGAGACUGGAAGUGAGCCUACAUUGAGAGAAGUAAAACCUGCGAGUGGUGGGGAUUGGGGAGGUAUAAUGGUUGACAAGGAAUUUGAAAAUUUGCUUAUACGUAUAGUAGGACAAACUGUUUUUGAAAAAUUCAAACACGAAGAAAAGGAGGAUUGGAUUGACAUGCAACGAGACUUUGAGUCUCGGAAACGAGAGACGAUCGUAGAUAGUGAAGGUAAAAUAGGGAUGAGAAUACCUGCAGCACUAAUUGAUCUUUACAAUCAAGACUCACAGCUUGACCUCUGUACUUCAUUAGUAUCUUCUCAGUAUGCUGGUCUGAUUGAGCUUAAAAGAGAUAAGAUGAAGAUUUCUAACAAAGUCUUUGUUAAACUAUUCGACGCGUCAGUGACAAAGACGGUUGGUCAUCUGAAGUCAGUGCUGUCCGACCGCUCACUGAAAGAUGUGAGAGUUUUACUGAUGGUCGGUGGAUAUUCAGAAUCACCGGUUUUACAACACGCAAUAACAGAAGCAUUGCCGGGAAUUGAAAUCGUUAUACCUGUCGGCGCUUCAUCAGUCGUUUUAAGAGGUGCUCUGAUAUAUGGACAUAAUCCAUCUUCAAUAAGUGAAAGGAUUCUCAAAUAUACCUACGGCACUAAUUACACACCUCUUUUUAUAGAGGGAGUUCAUCCAGAGAACAAACGAUAUAAAGAUACAGACAAUAGAAAUAGAUGUCGUGAUGUCUUCAACAAACUUGUUACAACUGGACAAACAGUGAAAAUGGGAGAAACACAAGUAAAGGAAAUAUAUUCUACAGUUUCAAGUGAACAGAGGUUUAUGCCGUUUAAAUUAAUUGCGUCAGAGAGAGAAGAUCCUGUUUACUGCGAUGAUGAUGGAUGUUUUGAGAUAGGAGUACUUGUGAUAGAGUUUGAUGAGGAAAGUAGUACAAGUAACAGAGUGGUUUCACUAUCUUUGUUAUUUGGUGGAACAGAAAUCGUUGUUGAAGUAGAAGACAAAUGUACUGGUAAGAAAAAAAUAACCUCUGUUGACUUCCUUGGGUAAAAUAGUAAAACAUUUUGGAAAGGAGAAUGAAAAGAAAAAAAAGAGUGUCAAACAUUACAACAAUGCUGUUUAAACAUAUUUUAAGACAGCAAUUUGUCUGGUCCUUCGGGAUAAUUUAUUAAAGCAUAAUAAGUGUGAAAGAUAUUGAAUUAUACUUAAGACGGCUGGUUCUAAGGCGAAUGAGAGAUGCCGCUGCUUUUUUCCAUUAACCCUCAUUAACAGAUUUUAUCAAACUCAGUUUGCAAUUUUCAUGUUGAUUUCAUUGCUUCCAAGUGAUUGUGUCUUUUUCGAAUUUAAUAGUCAUCACAAAUGAAUGGAAUAUCCAUUUUCCCUUAUAUAAUUUCUUUUAUAAGAAUCUCAAUAAGAUAUAUGAUUCAAUCAAUAUAAAAUAGAAGAUAAAACAAUGGCAUUGAUAUAUGGGACCAAUCAAAUAUUAGAUUUACUAGAGACUUAUAAAAUACUAAUAACUAUUUAUAGACACAAAUCAGUAUCUAUGAGUGUGUCUUAAUUGUUAUUGUUAAUAAUAGAUCUCAUGUCUUAAUCAACAGACCGUAACAAUUGAAAUUUUGAGAAAUAAAGAUGGAAUGAAUUGCGUAUUUUCAUUUUCUGUACUUUCAUUGUAAAUUUUUUAUUUUUAUUUCGAUGAAACAUAUUUUCCAUAUUUUCACAGUUGUUUUGUCGACUUUAAAUUUAGCUACAACACAAAAUUAAAGGGGUAGUCUUUCGGUAAGUAUGGUAAAAAAUGCUAUAAAAACGGGAUUUAUUUUCGUCUUGCGGUAUGAAAAUAAUCAUGGUUACCGCCACUCGUGAAAUUCGUAUUUCCAUACCACUCGACGAAAAUAAAUCCUGUAGUUAUAGAAAAACAUUGAAUAUUUAUUUCUAAUAUAAAAGCCAAAUGUCUCUGAAAUCAUACACUUUGAAAUACAAUUUUGAAAGUAAGGACGAUUUUUUUAUUCUAUAUUAAUUAAUAAAGUAGAAAUAGAUAAGACGAAUUUAAAUGCUAAUUCUAUAAUUGUUUAAUGAUAGCUAUAUUUUUAUAAUACCCAAAGCUAAUGUGUAAAACCUUAAAUAAUUCUUUUACUAUUUUUGUGGAGGGUGCUUUUUCUACAAGCAAUUAAAAACCAAACCUGCAUCUAAUCUGUACUGAAAUGUUUUGAAAGGGUUAUUUUUGAAUGUAAGUGGGACAAUUUAGCCAACAGUCAUUAUGACACUUAAAUAAGAACUCCAAGUUAGACCUUUUUAUCAACAAUUAUUGUAUCAUAACUUGUACAACUUUAACAAAGUUGAUAAUAUGUCGUAGUGUAUGCAUCUGUUCCGCUUCUUGUACCUCAUUAUAGUACCAUGUAACGAUGUCAUAUUGAAUUUGACCCCGGUGAUAAUGUCUGGCCUCAGGCUGAAAUAAUCUACAAAACUGCUGUGAUUCAGGCCAGAUUCAUAUAUAUUGAAAUACCAAACCCUGCUAAAACGUUUAGAAAAAAACAGCAUAAGUUUACCUUUAGAAAAGUCUUCCAAUUUUCCAUUAUUUGACCCUUUUUAAAAUUUGAAUAUUUAUCAGUUUUAUGUUAAAUAAGAUACGAGCAGUAUGGCGGCUGUAACAACUCUAAUUUACAUUCAAUCAAAGAUCCUAGAAGCUCGUUCAACAUAACAUUCUUGUUGUGUUUGUGGUAUUUCAAGUAAUUCAGCGGUGAUCCAACAUCAAGUGAUACCCUUUUUAAAAUCAUAAAGACUACCGUUUUACAUAAAUUAUUAAAAAGAGACACUUACUUCGUUGAAAUAAAAUAUGAAAAAUCGGUUGUUAACAAAUAAAUAUUACAAAAGUAUUUGCUUUUCAUGAUCAUUCGUGAUAAUGACAACCUAGCCACAUAAUUGAAAGCUUCUUUUUUAAAUAGUACCAGAACGCAUAUAAAACCUUUUUGUUUUCGGAAUACCUGAAAAAUUUGCCUAACUACUAGGGUCAUGUAAUAAUAAAAAGAAGCAGAAUAAAAACAUUUCAAAAUAUGAUUUGGAGGAAUCAGCGUUCCCUUUGAGCUUCAUUCGGCAAGGCGGAUGUACCUAAUAGAGAUAAUAAGAAUUAAGAUAAUUUGCUUCCUAUCAGCAUACCCAGUUUACCAUGUAGACCUAGCAAUUCGGCAAAUGUCUAAGGAAUGCAAGAAAUUGAGUUCUAUCAUAUUCUUGAUUGAGUUCUAUCAUAUUCUUGAUUGUACUACUUCAUUAAGGUAAAACUCCAAAGGAAAAGUAGUCGUUUUUUUAAAAAAAAAAAACUGAAUCACAAAGCAUGGACUUCUAUGGGUUUUUGUCAUGAAAGCUGAUUAUAAUGUCCUAGCAGCCAAAUGACGAAUGUCAAAAUAUGUAAACAAUAUUUCGCGCAUUUAAUUACUCAGCCGUAUUACUACCAGUUAGUAUGAAUGAUCUGAAUAAUAAAUAAAGCUAAAAUAUGAAACCUGCAUAAUUUUUCACGAUCAAACGAUUCAUCUUAAUCUAUCCUUAUUAAUUUGUCAAACUAUACAGUAUAUUUUGCAUAUUACUUCUAAUCCAACUAUUCAUUUAUACAUUAUCUAUUAGUCUGUAAAAAUAUUUAACUACUUAAGUUUUUAAUUAAUUCAUAUAAAGAUUGUUUUUUUUUCUUCUAAUGAACGCCUAUAUAAUAUACAUAUGAAGAAACUAUGAAAUUCAGUUGUAUAAAGGGAAAUAACGUGAUAAUCUUUCACACAUGUAACAUGUGUAUUAUCCUAAUCUAUUACACAGAGCAUGCAGAAAAUAGGUUAUUAUUUAAAUUUAAAUUUAAUUAUUCAUUUUUUCUACGAUUAUAACUAUAAUUACACUAUGCUUCAUUUUCUCACAUGAUAAUAUUUUACUGGAGAAAUUCACUUCAGCAAAAUAUUUUAGUCUUAAAGUUUUACGUUUUGCCAGUGAAGUAUUACAGUUAAUCAAACAUACUUUCAUGUUGCUACUAUAGUACCUUUUGGGCAUGUGUAUAUUGUUUUUAGCAAAUCAAUGUUUUUUUGGUGUUUUCUUUAUUGUUUAUAUUGUUUGUUUGUUUAGUUUGUAUAUUUGUUUUUUUUGUUGUUAUUUUCGCUGAUGCAUGAAGUAAUUUGAUUAUUAACUAUGUUGUAACUUUUAUUGUGCUUAGACAUAAAAUACAA